AUUAAAAGUUAAAUGUGCGAAUGUUUUUCUCCAAUUAGUUGAUUACCUUUAAUUGUUUUAUUUGUAUCUUUUUUUGUUCCAUUUUUUUUAUUAGUUAGUUUGGAUUAUUUUGUUUGUUUUGUAUGUUCUGUUAUUUGUGUUUUGUUCUAUUGCCAUGGGUAGACCUAGAAAGAAAAUCAGUGUUACACCAUCUCAAGAAAAGAAUAAAAAAUUGAAGAAAAAUGAUGAAAUAUCUGAUGGCGAUGAUUCUGAUGAAGAAUCAGAAGAUUGGGAAGAGGUGGAAGAAGCUGAAAUCGACGACGAUGAAGGUGAUAAAGAAGAAGCUCUCGCAAACUAUAAACCUCAAUUACCUGAACAAGGAGUACAAAUAAGUAUUGAUGGACCAAAGAUUUUCAACAAGAAAAGGCGUAAGAAACAGGUUGAUGUGGGUGAAAUUCUUCGUCAACAACUUAAUCGAAUGAAGAAAGAAGUUCAAAUUGAAAUGCAUAAAACUCACCUACUUUGUCUGUUAAGUCGUGGAUUUUACCUUAAUCAUAUCACUCGAAACCCACUCAUCUCCUCUUAUGCUCUUUCUUACCUUACUGAUUUUACGUUUGACUUGAAAAAGGUUAACCUUUUGUUUGUCAGAGAUUUUACCAAUUGGUUUAGAUCUUGGUUUACCUUGGACAAAAAGAUUCGAUCUAAAACUGUUGAUCUCAUCGAAUCGUUGACUAAAGCAUUUGGAACACGUUCCGUAAAUUCUCUGGUAGAAUAUGUGCUCAUGUUUAUUUCCUUGCUCCGCAUUUACUCACCAAAAAUACAAGUGAGAUUAUGUUAUGCUCUUAAUCCGGUGCCAAUUAAACCCGAUGAUUUGGUUUGACGGAGAAACAAAAAGGUCGCAAAAAAGAUACCAAAGAUGAAUCAGAUGAAAAAUCACCAGAUGAACCAACAACAUCUGAAUACUUUAAAAAAAGCAAACCCAAACCUGCCAGUUAUAAGUUAUAUGGUGAACCAAAUAACAAAGAGAAAACAAGACCAACUCGAUCAAGUACCAAAGGAAAAAAGCGAAAAAAAAGCUCAGAUGAAGAUGAAGAGGGAAACUUGGAGAUAGACGAAGAAGAUGAAAAACCUCGAAGAAGAACUAGACAGAGUAAUGGAAAAGGUAAAGGUAAA